UCCUAGGCGCUCGCUCGCUCCCGCUCGCUCCCUCUCCCUCUCUGUCUCGCGCUGUCGUCCUUCUCGGCGUCGUCAAGCUUCGGGCCUGCCGGGGGCUGCGCGUGCGCGUUCGCGCGCGCCGGUCUCCCACACAACGCGCCCCCUCCCCUCUCCUCCCCCCACCCCCAUCCUCCGGGUCCAGCCGCUGGGCCAAGAUGGCGGCGCUGAGCAAAUCCAUCCCCCACAACUGCUACGAGAUCGGGCACACCUGGCACCCCCACUGCGGGCGAGCCUUCGUGCACAUCACCCAGGGGGCGUUUGGAGAGUCGCUCCGCAUCUAUGGGACCCUUUACCUGAUUGCUGCAAUUCUCCGGAAACGAAAACUUGAUUAUUAUUUGAACAAGCUGCUUCCUGAAAUUCUUCAAUCAACAUCCUUCCUUACAGCAAAUGGAAGCCUUUAUAUUAUGUUUUUCUGCAUUUUAAGGCGAAUACUGGGAAAAUUCUAUUUUUGGUCUCCUGGUUUCGGGGCUGCUCUCCCGGCGUCCUACUUAGCUAUUCUUAUUGAAAGGAAGAGCAGGCGGGGGUUGCUUACAAUUUACAUGGCCAAUUUGGCCACAGAAACACUAUUCCGCAUGGGAGUAUCAAGAAGAAUAAUUACUCCGUUAAGACAUGGAGAGGUCCUUUUAUUCUGUGUAACAGCGGCCCUGUUUAUGUUCUUUUUCAGAAACAAGGACGGUUUGAAAGGAUUUACAUUCUCCGCACUUAAAUUCAUUGUAGGGAAAGAAGAAAUUCCCACCCAUUCGUAUGUACCAGAAGGAGCUUUUGUAAAGAAAGAAAUUGAAGUACAACACUGCGAAGAUAGAACACAGCAAAUGAAUUUUAUUGCGACAACAAAAAAAAUUGUGGACAACAUAUGCAAAAAUGGUCCCAGGCACAGAUGCUGUAAGCACUACGAAGAUAAUUGCAUCUCAUAUUGCAUUAAAGGCUUCAUUAGGAUGUUUAGCGUCGGAUACCUGAUCCAGUGCUGCCUUCGCAUCCCAUCCGCGUUCCGACAUCUGUUUACACAACCAUCCCGGCUUCUCUCGCUUUUCUACAACAAAGAAAACUUCCAGCUUGGAGCUUUCCUUGGGUCAUUUGUCAGCAUAUACAAAGGUACCAGCUGUUUCCUACGAUGGAUACGGAACCUGGACGAUGAAGUACACGCACUCUUUGCAGGGUCCCUAGCAGGCUUGUCAAUGAUGUUUUAUAGAAGCACAACUAUUUCAAUGUACCUAGCUUCCAAACUAGUAGAGACUAUGUAUUUCAAAGGCAUUGAAGCUGGAAAGGUUCCUUAUUUUCCUCAUGCAGAUACUAUUAUCUACGCUGUCUCCACCGCCAUCUGCUUCCAAGCUGCUGUGAUGGAAGUCCAGAACCUGCGACCUUCAUACUGGAAAUUCCUAUUGCGAUUAACAAAAGGAAGAUUUGGUGUCAUGAACAGAAAAGUAUUGGAUGCAUUUGGUACUGAAGCAUCUAUGCAUUUUAAAGAUUUCAUUCCACUACUCGACCCAAGAUACACAGUUGUCCCACCAGAAAGACCUAUUCAAAAGUCUUGGCAGUGAUAACGUCUGUUUAUGAUUCUGUCUUACCACCAGCUGUCCUAAAGAGUUAAUUAACUUAACAGUCAAAUAGAUGAACGGAGCUUGUGUUCCACAUCAGUAUUGUUUCAGUGAGUUAUAUUAUACAAUCAAAAUACUGAGACACCGUUAAAAGGUGUGGCUUAAUUCUACUUUCCUUCUUAGAUAGAAACUCUGGAUCACUGUGGCUGGUUGACACAACCUGGUAGAUUUUUGUUUUAUUUUAAAUUGCAUUAUAUAUCAACGGAUUAAUAUAUGAAAAAGAUUUUUUUUAAAAAAAAAUGUCCAAAUGUGGUUUAAAAAGAUAUACAUCCACAGUUCACGCUGACUCAUUCCAGUAAGUAGGGGGUUUGUUUUUUUAAAGAAAAAAAAGAAAAAUGAUAUUUUUACAUUUAGAAAUAAAGAGACGUAAAACAUAUAUGUAUAUGUAUGCUAUAGUUGCAGGUCAGAUUCUUGUGGAAAAGAUUUUCUUUUAGAUGGAUUUUUUUUUUUUAAAGAAGAUUAUUAUGGCUCUCGACAAUUGUUUAAAAAGGCAAUAUCGGUACUUUAUUUAUAUAACUGCACUGUUUAUAUCCAACUUUCGCUUUGAAUACUUCUGAGAGCGUCAACUCUCCAAAACCAGUUGCACACCGAGAGAUUUUUUUUUUUUUUUUUUAAAGGGUGGGAGUCAGACAUUUGGACUUUUCAAGAGGAAUGUAGCAGUUUUCAGUUUUUACAUCCAUGAAUUGAAGAAGAAAAAAAUUGACACUGUUCUGACAACAUUCUUCAGAAAGUGAAUAACAUGCCACUGAACACACAGUCGUCUUGAUUUUUAUCAACUUGAAUGUUGCUUUCCGGUAACGUUCAAAGUGAACUCAAGACUUUAAAUUCAGCGGCUAAAGUAGAACGGAAACGUGUUAAGAACAAUACCUACUUCUUACAGAUUGUGUUAGCUGAUUUUUCUGAUCAGCCGGUGACAAUGUGAAAGCUGGUCAUUGCACAAAGCCACUUGCCUUGAUGGAUUAUCUGAUUUCUGCUUUAACAGCCACCUUAGUCAUAUAGCUGCACGUGAACUGCAAGGAAGGACUUUCAAAGCAUUUGAGAGAUUAAAAGGAAAAA